AUGCUGGCCGAGCAAGCCAAGGCGGCGGCCGCGCUCUUGGGGCGUGGCGGCGCCAGCGGCGAAGCUACGCCGUGCAUUGUGCCCGGGCUCGGGCUGCGGUGGGGUGGGCACAGGAUUAAGGGACUGCUGCGACCAUCCAUGAGCCUGCAGCUCCCCGCCGUCUCCCUUGCCGUGCAUGCCGAAAACUGCGCGGCGGAGGGACCGGCGCCGCCGGGGCCGCGGCGGGCUCCGCCAGAGGGGUCCCUGUCGGGAGCGCCGGCGCUGCAGCUGCUGCUGCUGCCGCUGCCGAACACGGUGGGGGAUGUGCGGCCGAGGAUCAGAUGGGAGCCGCCGGCAGGCUUGAAGGGCGGGGUGCUUGCCGGCCUCUGCCUCGGCUGGGGACUCUGGGCCCUUGAUGGGGCCGGCGGCGCCGCAUCUGUGGAAAGCGUUGGGAAAGCCGGCGGGGCGGCGCGGCGAGGGCGCAGGUCGCAGCAGAGAGAGGGGCGGUCAGCAGAGUGA